CUGUUUAAUUACAACUAUGCCGAAGGAAAAACAAAGACGAACUAGAGUAAUCGGGCUCCCAAAGAACUACAAAUAUAAAGAUUGGUUGCAUUCUGCCCUAAAUAUCGCUGAACCAGCCAUCGACUACUUUAAAUUUGCUGAUACUUUUGGUGAUUCUGAGAGUACCACUAAUCAUCAUUAUGCAGAUCUGUUGACAAAAUUAUCAACCGGCCAAAGUAACAGACUAACAAAGAUAAGUACAACAGCAAAGAAACUUUAUAAUUCUCGAAAUAGUCUAGACACCGAUUUCGGAAAGCAAUAUAAACAAUAUUGGGAAAUGAGAGACACAUUAAAUAUUCAAAAAGCUCUGCGAAACGAAAACCAGAGAACGAUCAUACAUCUAAAUGAAUUAACUAAUAAAGAAAUCAGAAACCUCGCUGAAAAGACUUACAAUAUAAAUGAAUCGAUUAAUGAAGCAGAUGAAGAUUAUGAAACUAACGAGACAGAAGGAGAGCAUGAAGAAGAAAUCAACGAUGAAAGUAGCAUUGCGGAGAAGGUAAUACCACAAACCGCAAAUCUCGCGUCAGAUGAAGUCGGUAAAUUGAAAAUCAUUGAUCUAUCAUCAAGUGCGGCUGUGGAUAUUUUGAAGACAGAAACUUCUGGCGAUCAAGUUGAGUCAAUACUUGAAGCAACAAAGAUACAUCCAAUUACAAUGUCUACCGAAGCUUGUAAUCUUAUCAAAUGCCUCAAUGAUGCGACUUUAUCGGUACAAGAAUUACGAAAAACAUUGUAUCGUCAUGGAUUUAAUGAAAACUUUGAUCUAAUCGCCAAUCAUAAUAUGGGCUUCCUAGAAGUAACAACAAGGCAUUUUUUAGAUUUGAUGAAUUCCCCUAAUAAUCCUCUGAACAAAAUCAUGCUGGAAAGAACGGCAGCAACAUUCUUAUAA